AUGGGGCGUCGCGAAGGUAGCACAAAUGCUGGCGGGCCGUGGGAGCGGCUGCAGGUCAGAGAAGGCAGUGCAAAAGCAGUGAAUUGCAGAGCCAAGCCAAGCGGGUGUGGGUCGGAGGAGGGGGCAGACUCAGCAGCACGCAGGACGCUGCUGGAUGCGGCAGACGAGCGGCUGCUGGAGAGGAGGAGCAGAGGCGCGGAGGGCAAAGGUGCGCUUGGGUACCGACAGGAGGGAGGCGAAGGGAGGUCCCGACAAGAAGAGGGAUGGAGACGGGAUGCCCACACACUAUUAUUUCCCACGGCGCCAGAAGCCCAGCGCCCGAAGUCCAAACUCCUCAGUCCCAGGGCUCGCGCACAGGCCGUGGCGGGCGGGCUGCCACUGAUGCAGUGCGUCCAGGUCCCUGUCGAGUUCCGUGUCUCUCUUGCGCGCUGGCGGCUGGCGAGUGCUCUCACAGGCCGGGGGAGGGCCAAAAUGACCGGCUUCAAGGGCCCAGGACCCCAACCAGCAGCACACACAGCACGCAGCCGGCGCCGGACGGGGCCUGAGCUGCUAGCGCGACGUCUGGCACAGAAGCAGGCCGUCACUCGCAGCGCAGCGGGCCGGGUGCAGCGGACGGGCGAGCAGCGAGCAGUGAGCAGCGAACAGUCUUCCUCGCUCUCCGCUCUGUGGCCACGAUCCACGACGUCGACGGCGCCGCGUCGCACAGCACCACGCUGCUCUCACGCUGCAGCACGACAGCACGACGCGCCUUGGAGCAGGCGAGCAGCGGCACAGCUGCAGUCCUUGUUCUGUACCACAGCCCCUUUCGGCGAGCCUGGCAGGUUCGUGCGCUCCCUGGGCGUGACUGAGCAGCCAAGGGCAGGGAAGGGAGCGAUGGAGCUUUGUAGCGAUGGGGAUGGCGCUGGCUCGAGCCUCGAGCUGACGGGCCGCUUCGAAACCCAACGAGAGCCCGCUGCUCAUCGCGCCAAGCACGGGCCUCGGGCAGAGUCGCCCGUCGCCCGUCGCGCAUCGCACAAAGCACGCAAACUACACACCCCCAUCCACGCUGUCCCCCCGGGACGCUGGCUAGGCGGCGUGAAUCGUCGACCUCUUGGUGUUCAGUCCAACUGCGCGUCUGCGGCAGUGUCGAACAGACGGCCCACCCAUGGCUUGUAUCUGUUUCGCUCCACCACCGCGCUUCACAGGACUGCACUUCAACCACGGAUUGGUGUUGGUGGCCAUACUCUUGCGGCCGUCCCGGUUGCCGCAUGCUCACCUGCAGCGGUCCACAUUGAUAACUAG